UGCUCGGAAGAGAACCGGCAAUUUUUCAAACAGUUGGUUGGUGUCGUUAUUUUGUGCCUAAUUCUGAACUAACCUAUCUCACACAUAUUAAUGUUUCGUGAUUACAUCUGUGUACAUAAUUCAUGUCUUGACCAAGUAUCAAAUAUGUUGUGCAAGUUAGCGUAAUCCCUUGUUUCGAAACUAUUCUUUGGACAAUGACCAUUCAAAAUGAAGCUUUUUGCCAGUCCUAUGGUUGUCUCGAUCUUAACCAGAACCUGUCUGAAGGAGGAUGCCACGAAUCACCGUUUCAAUCCUCUAAGCACCGUUCCACACCAAACCUAUUAGCUCUAUCUAGAAGUCAGAUGGAGAGGAUUCAGAUCAUAUCUGAGUUCCAUGAUGGUGAAGAAGUACUUGUAAGUGAUCUGAAAACUGUCGUUAAGGUGUACAAAUAUCCAUUAGAAAAAUUGGGUAUACUUACUUCAACGGAAAUAUGUAAUCUGUUCUAUUCAAUUGAAGCUAUUAUACCAGUUUUUGAAGGAUUAGCAAAUAGUCUUUCAUCAGAAGUGAAUAAAUAUUUCAGCAUACCAUGCAUAGGAAUGAUCUUAUAUCUGUGGUUGGGUCUUGAAGUAAUAACAAAGCCACAACCUGAUUACCUUAAUUAUGGACGUAAAUGUUAUCCAUAUCCAACACAGAAUUAUGUUCAGUCUAUCUGUGAGAGUUACAUCGAGAUGAUGCCUUCAUCAAUAAAACUUCUCUUGGAUUAUUCAGCCCACUUAUAUGAAGCACGUAAAUAUUUUGAGGCUUUACGCGAACAAAAGCCUGCUUUUACUGAUUUUCUUUCACGUUGUUCACAUACACAUUUCAGUAAACGUUUGGAUUUGUGGCAUUUCUUGGAAUGUCCCAAAAGCAGACUGACUAGGUAUCCUUUAUUACUGAAUCGACUGAUCGAAUUGACACCUUCAACCGAUCCAGAACUCAGUCAUUUACUCGUUGUCCGGUCUGCCUUCACCUUUAUAAUUGACGAGUUAAACCGUCGAGUUGGUGAAGCUAUGCGUAAUUUGUACUUAAAAUGCAUAAGAUUCCACGGCAACUUAGAAUUACAGUACAAAGAUAUGGUAUGUCAUCAGAAAUCACUGUUAUUGAAAGGCAAUCUGCAUACUGAUAUUGGGGAAGUAACCGUUUUUGUUUUUCCUCAGUUAAUGCUUAUAACAAUAAGUUCUGAACCCGAUAAUAAUAGUCGCUUAAUAUCACGUUGCUAUUAUGGUAAAUUAUCACGUCAAAUCACCAAGCCGCAUGUUACUACUUCAUCUAAAAACUCACCAACUUCACUUGUCUCUCCACUACCGUCUAUAAUAUGCUCUGCGAGUACACGAGUUUAUAGUCACCGAUGGUCUUUGUUAUCCAUUUUAAGGACUCGUUCACCAUCUGAUUCGGGAAAUGCUACCCAUAUAUCUUUUAACUCAGGAAAUCGACCUUCCAAGUAUGCACGAUUAUUUCGACGUUUAUCAUCAAUUAUGACAUCAUCGUCGACAAAGUUGGACAUUUCCAGACCUACAGAAACAACGUCUUUCACACCAGCCGGUGAAACUGUCAGUCUUGAACGAUUUCGUAUUUGCUAUCCGCCUUUAAUAUUAAAAGAUUAUAUUUUGGAAGAUAUAAGUGAUGAUAGUAUUCCUUCAACUAUAUUGAAAUUUCCUUUUUCCACAGAAAAAGCUCAUCAAAAUUUAUUCAAACUCUCUCCCUAUGAACAUAGUGUAAAACGAAAAUCUGGAAGAACUUCAGCCAAACAAUCCGAUUUAUUACAUUCAUACGAAAAGAUUAUAUCGAGAACAUCUCGUGAAACAAAAUGGUUUUCUUCGUCAUCAUUGACUAGUAAUAGAACUUCAUCGUUGUUACGAAAAUCUCGAAAAAAAAUAUCUAGAGAGUUUCUAUUUCAAGCAUCUAGUCUGCAGGAUAAAAAAUUUUGGAUAACUACACUGACACCGCUUGUUCGCAGUUAUUAUCAAAGUGAAUCAUGCAACGACUUGGUUUUAAUUUAAUUUCAAAGAGACGUGAAUUGUUUGACUGGUUAUUGAUUUUUUCUUCUUUUUAUUUGAGUAUUUGUAUCCUCAUUUUAUCAUCGUCAUUUUAGAGACUGAGUAUAGUAUUCGUGGGAUGUUAUUCCCUUUUAUAUUUUUAUUUUCUAUUUUUGUGCAAUCGGUCCUCUCUCGCACGCACCUACACUUUAUUCCUUUCAAAAAUAGAACAUAAUACUGAUUCAUUUUGUCUUCAGUGAUUUUCUUCUUAGUAGUGUGUAUGCACAGUCUUUUUGUUGAAAAUACGAAAUACAAUCAAAGUGUUUAUCUUUCGCUCAAAAAAAACUAAUUAAUAUGUUAAUCAUAUCAUUUCUCUUGUAGUCUUUCAUAUUCUUAAAUUCAGGUACGAUUUCACUUUAUCUAUUUGUCAAUUUUAAUAAUUGAAUAUUUUCUAAUAGAACACUGUAAUUAUUGUUAUUAUUCGUAAUAAUAAUCAUAAUAAUAUACAUCUUAUUUUCUGCUUCACUCAUUUUCCUAAUUAUCCUCAGUUUGUUGAUGAAAGAUAUGGUGAUGGCGAUGAAAUGGAAGAUACAAGUUGUCCUCUAUGUGUUCAGUGUGUGUUUACGUCUGUAUGUACCUACUAUAUAUGUUACCACUAGAUAAUGUUAAACAGUUGGCAAGCACAGUACUAUAAAGUGAGGUACUGAAAGAAUCCAAACAAAAUUAUAUAAUUGUAUUGUAAACAGUUCAUAUGUCAUUUUGUUAAUGACAUUUUUUGUAGACAGUUCAUCCUUAAUUUUUAGAAUUUUAUAACUGUUGUAAUCUUUUGUGAAAAUACGAGGUUGAUUUAAUGAGUUACCAAAUUUACAAAUGAGCAACAGUUCUCUCGUCAAACGAAGGAUAUAUAAAUCAAUGUGUGCUAGAAAGUCACGCACUUCUGGUGAUAAUAAGCUUUUUACAGACUACUUGAUCUGUACAUUCACUUAUAACUCGUGUUUUAUACAGUAGAUCCAAUAAAUUAUUACGAAAAAUGAAAUGAAUAUGUUGUUCGAGAUAUAGAAGAGGGUGUGAUUACCACCUCUAAUUAAACGCUGGUCAAGAAAUAUCACCAAUUGUUAUUACAGAAAUGUAUUUAUAUUCAUGUAUAUGUAUAUUCAUUUCAUUGAUGCAUACAAUAAGAGAGUUCAAAUUACAAGAUAAUUUGACUUUCAUUUAUUAUUCUUUUUGUGCAGAAGUAUUAAUGGAUGAAUAUCACGUUUAUUUAUUGUCGAGAUUUCAAUUUAAUUCAAUGUUUUUGUUUUGGGAAAUUGUUCUCGUAUAUUACAUUCCAUAGGCAAUGGUUACGUCAAUAGGCAGAUAGGGGUGGGGCUACGUAGAUAUUAAGAAAACAAAUGAACUAAUGUUUCACAUCAUCGAUUGGUAUUAACUAGAGAAACAGUGAAAACCAGAAAGCCCUGGACAUCUUGGUAUAUGACUCCUCAACGGUGAAUGGAGUUCAGUCAUAUAGAGUGUAAAAUAACUACUCACCACUGGGAGUGGAAGAUGAUGAUUAUACAGUAAUGUGAGUUGACUAAAGUUAGAAACCUAAACCAUUGGAUGCCUAGUCAGUGGCCUAAAUGUUGGGCAUUCGUCGCGAGAUCUGAACGCUUUGAGCUCUAUUGUCGGUGAGGUUGUGAAUGAACACUGCUGAGGAGUCCCAUGUUAGAAUGAAACAGCCGCUCAAUGCUUUUCAGUUUUCACUGGUUGUAUAACUGCUGUCAGUUCGUGGUGUCGACUAUAAAAUUCAAUAAUCUACACAAAUUUGUACAAACCACAAUAAUUAACAAGGGCAAAACAUUAUAAUCAUGUGUUAUAUUCAGUGAUUAGUUAAAAUAGUGUUUUUGAAAAUAUCAGAAUAACGUCUAUUCAGAUAAACCGAUAACACUUAUGGAUGGACGUUUGAAUUCUAUCAUAAACUGUGUCAUCCUUCUAAGAAGGAGAUAUCUAUCAUAUUUAUGUAGAACUCAUAAUUAUGACUAUUUGCCUAAGGCUCUAAAUUAUGGCGUUUAUUUUUCAGUGUCAUUUAGAUCUAUCAUAUAUGUAUUCUUUCUUACAAACUGUACUUUUUAGUAAUAUAUUCCUACUACUGAAUAUUGUUUUAUUUUACUACAUACGUUUCUAUUGUAUUCGUAUUAUUUGAUAGUACUUUUUUAAUGAAUUUAUUUGUUUAGAAAAAAGUUAUUUUUUCCAUGAAUGUUAUCUGAUCCGGGAUUCCGUGAACUUAUCUCUUUACCAUUAUCUCCAGCUAUAUUACAUGGACUGACACGUGCUGGAUAUAAUUGUGUUUCAGAAGUUGUUGGAUUGAGUGUGGAUCGUUUAGCUACUAUAUGUGGAGUAAACACUAAAGCUGCCCGUAGUGCAUUGGACAUUGUUCAUCGUUAUAAUCAAUCAUCUAUUGAAUGUAUGGAUAUGAAUAGUAUUGGUCUAUUCGGUUUAUGCACAGCAUGGGAUUUGCUUGGUGCAUUACAAACAGUUGAUGAGAAUAGUCCAGUUAAAGGAAAGCGAUAUAAUUAUAUCGUAAGUAUGUGUCGAAGUUUCGAUGAUCUUCUUGGCGGAGGUUUCCCAACUGGACGAUUAACUGAGUUGUGCGGUGAACCAGGCGUUGGAAAAACCCAGUUCUGUCUUCAAGCUUGUGUUAAUGUACAAAUUCCCAAAUGGUUCAGUGGUCUCAAUGGACAAGCUUUGUUUCUAGAUACUGAAGGAAACUUCAUACCUGAACGUGUUCGGCAAAUAGCUUCUGCAUUGGCAGAUCAUUGUAAACAUCAUUAUAUUGAAUCAAAUCCGGAAAGAACAGAUGAAUCUUUCAUUAAAAAAUAUUGUCCAACUGUUGAAAGUCUAAUGUCUGGAAUUCACUACAUACGAAUAACUGAUCAUUUGAAGUUAUUAGCUGUUUGUCGACAUUUAGAACAAUUUUGUGACCAACAUCCUUUGAUUCGACUGAUUGUGGUUGACAGUAUCGCUCUCCCAUUUCGUUACGAUUUUGAUGAUAUUCCUCAACGUAAUAGAUUAUUGGCAAGUGUAACACAAAUGUUACUCUGCGUUGCUGGGCGUCAACAGGCUGCGGUUAUUCUUACAAAUCAAAUUACAACUAAAUUCGAUGCGAAAAAUCUGAAUUCAGAACAAUUUGAUUGUGUUAUAGAAGAAGAGAAAGUUGUAAAAGAGCAAUGCAGAAUCGAUCAAAAUUCAUGUCUAGUACCGGCACUUGGAGAUAGUUGGGGGCAUAUUUGUUCUCUCCGUGUUUUCUUGACACGUCUAACUACAGGUAUUCGUCAAGUAAAACUGCUGAAACAUCCUGGAAGACCAUAUGGUGUUGGAUAUUAUCAAAUUACAACUGGUGGUAUUCGUGAUCUUGUUCAAAACAAUAAAUGUAAUAAACACUUGCCAGAGUAAUCAGUUUUGUUUUAAAGGAUACAAAUAGCUAAAAAAACAAUAGACAAUAUUUCAUUUUUGCUUCCCAAAUCACACAAUGUUGACAACAAAGACACUUAUUUGAGAAAAAGGU